AAUGAGGCCCAGUUGUAUCCUGCAAAACAGAAAGAGAAUCUGAGAAGCUGGAGUUCCCCGUUUAAACUGAGUCAUCACACUCUGGGCUGACAGGAAAGGAAGAAGGCUUUUGAGUGCUUCUGUUCCAUUGUUUUUCCUGCCCCGGGAGAGUGCAGACAGCCAGGGCCGCACCUAGGUGAUGGACGUUUUGAUGACUUUGGAAGAAAUGUGUUAAACAAAAAGGAAAUCAGCAAGAUGUAGAAAGAUGUUCAACAAAAAGAAAAUCCGCCAAAAAACAAAAGAUGUGCUCAACAAAAAGGACAUCCGCAAAGUAAGAAAAGAGGUGAAUCGCAUCGUGAACAACACUGAAAAAGUGGUGAAGGAUAUCCCUGAGAAGACAGGCAAAUUGCUUGCAGGCCAACUAGCCCAUCCCAAGGAACGGCAGAGAUUACCAGCAUCUGAAGAUGAUAGUAAAGAAAGCAGAGAUGAAGAAAUUGCUGUGUCAGUGGAGGAACUGGCUAUCGCUCCAGCAGGUCCUCAGGAAAUCCACUGCGCCCAAUCCAAGAAUACACUGAAGCUCUGCCCUCGUGAUCAUUUCCAUAACCUGAAGAAAGAAAUGGCGGAUAAGAUAUAUCCAAUAAUGGAGAAAGAAGGCCGUACACGACUGGCCCUCAUCAUCUGCAACAAAAUAUUUGACUCUUUUUCUAUUCGACAUGGUGCUGAGGUUGACGUUGCGAGGAUGCAAGACCUGCUUACAGACCUCGGGUACUCAGUGAUAGUAAAAGAAAACCUAACGGCUCAGGAAAUGGAAACAGAGCUAAGGCGUUUUGCUGACCACCCAGACCACCGGUCAUCAGAUAGCACCUUCCUGGUGUUUAUGUCACAUGGUAUUGAGGAUGGAAUUUGUGGGACAAAGCACAGUGAUGAAAAGCCAGAUGUUCUUCGUGAUGACACCAUCUUUACAAUUUUCAACAGCAAUAAUUGCAGGAAUCUGAGAAACAAACCCAAGGUCAUCAUCACGCAGGCUUGCAGAGGCAGGGGUGAUGGGAUUGCCUGGGUGACCACUGCGAGGACAAAAGUCAUGGCAGACACACGUGCACCUCCCUUGCAGUAUUACUGGCACCGUGCACGGUGUGAUGCUGUCACAAUGACCCAUGUUGAAAAGGAUUGCAUUGCUUUCAAAUCUUGCACUCCACAUAAUGUUUCUUGGCUGCUAGAAACUGGCUCUCCCUUCAUUUCUCUCCUCACCUACUUCAUCAGAGAAUAUUGCUGGAGUCACCAUUUGGAGGCCAUUUUUCGAAUGGUUCAAAAUUCAUUUGAGACUCCAACAGUACUGGCACAGAUGCCUACCGUUGAAAGAGUAUCUAUGACACGAUAUUUCUACCUCUUCCCUGGGAUUUAAAAUACAUGGAAACCUCUCAGUUUCCAACUGAAUGUGGCAGCAACUCUAUGAAGAAAAGGAAAUGUGAACCUCCACUGAUGCUUAAAUAUACAUAAUCUUGCAUUGAGCAACUUUGUUCAACACCCACUGACUUAAUUUUUCCUUCGAUCCCUUUUCUUUUACUUUGUUUCAUUACUACAUGUUUACAAUACAUCGUGAAUACAUUUAUUGUCCAGAGUAGUUCAUAUCAUAUCUUAGUCCUUUUUACCUCCCCUUUCCUUCUUUCUUUGCCCUCUCCCUCUAUCCCUAGAUCCUGUUCCUGUCUGUAUAAGGUUCUGCAAAUUAUGGCUUUUUUCUCUCUGGCCAAUAUUCAUGGCUUUUACUUCAUUUUGUGAAUUUUUAUGCUUACCAGAUUUCUAGCUAUAAUAGCCAUGUAUGAUAAUGAUACUAGUCAUUCUUUAUUAUUUAAAUGAGAAUACUUUCAGUAUUUCAACAUUAGAGUGUGUUCUAUUACUUAAAUUCAUUUUCAUAAUAAUAAAAUAUAUGUUUACAUUGCUAUCCUCCA